CCAGAUGGCAUCAGUCUUGAUGAUGACUGCAAUGGUAGCGUUACAGGACUGACUCCACGCUCACUUCCUGAGACCUUCGACAUGAACGAUAUCCCUUUAAAUACGUACAGUGUGGACACACGCAGAAUGCAGCUAUACUCACAUCCACACGUCCAUCCGGCGGAACUAUCCAUACAUGCGGUGUCCACGCAUGAGUUACUGAAGCCAAAAGAAGAACCCACAUACUCGCUGGCUACACCCGCCAACCUCUGCUCUGUUAACUUACACCAUGCAGGAACAUCGCCGUACGAGAGCAGGACUUGUAUUCAAGAACCCAGUGGCAAUGGUACUUCCAACUCGCAAAACAUGAAAGGCGAAGAAGAUAUAUCCCGGGUAUAUCAAAAUCUUUCAUUGCCCGCACUUUCCAGAGAAGAUAAUAAUAGUUCUAGCAAUAAUAACAACAGUAAUGAUACCAAAAACAAAUCAAAAACAUCGGCGCCCGUCAGUCCUGGGAAUACAGAAAUGAAGCCACAAUCUACUACAGCCACGUCUCAAGCCCUGACUAAGCCCCCAUAUUCGUACGUGGCCCUUAUUUCAAUGGCGAUACAAAAUAGCCAUACGAAACGAGCGACGCUCAGCGAAAUAUAUGCUUAUAUCACCAAGGAGUUUCCGUACUUCGAAAAAAACAAAAAGGGAUGGCAAAAUUCCAUAAGGCACAACCUCAGUUUGAAUGAAUGCUUUGUGAAAGUCCCGAGAGAAGGUGGGGGCGAGAGGAAAGGAAAUUAUUGGACUUUAGAUCCACAAUGUGGGGAUAUGUUCGAGAACGGUAACUACAGACGGCGGCGUAGAAUGAAGAGGCCAUUCCGGACCACGCCGUAUUCUAAGACGCUAUUUGGUGAUGGAUAUCACGUGGCUCAUGUCGGCCAGCACGUGCCGCCUCACAUGCAACCGCUUCCAUUGGGAGCGAGGAAUUACUUUGGAUCCAGCUCGUCCUAUCCGACGUCUUAUCCACGAUACGACACUACUUGGCUUGCUCAGUCGACUGGUGGUCUGGGUUAUGCGAGCGCCUGUGGUGGCAUGGGCAGGAGUCCAUCAGGGUGCUCCCCUCAUAGUGUUAUGCCGCACCAAUCGUCUCCAGUCUCAGUUAACCCCUUCGGAUCACAUCAGUUGCAAGGACAGUUGCAGAAUCCAUUACAACCGAUGCAGUCAAUACCAAUGAAUUCCUACAAUCCUAUAGGAGUUACAGCGUUGGAUGGCUCUCCAAGCCCAGGUCCCGGAUAUGCACCUUCAUCAGGUGGAUUCUCUCCAAGUCGGCAUCACGAUAUUGUUACGUCCUCGGAUAAUGUGUCCCGAUUUCCAUUUUGGCCUGAAGGUGGCUCCCCUAGCCCCAACUCGGGGUACGUGCCCUCCAGUAGUUUUUCCCCGACGCGGCGACACGAGUCAGUGACUUCAUCAGAGGGUGCUGCCUCACGGUUUUCUUUCUGGCCUGAUGGUGAAUACAAUUUUUCCUUUGGCGUGAAAGAAGAGUCUUCCCCGAGUUUCAUAUCCAACGCAGCACCAUAUUCGAAAUGUUAUAUGUAAAUAAAGCAAAGUUGGAGGGAAAUACAAGACUAGAAUAUCCAUAUAAUAUCUCAUACACUCGAAGCAAUGAGAUACACAGCGGAUUAAUAAUGACUGUUAAAAAAAUUGUAGUAUCUAGUGAUCAAUGUAUAAAACUUUAUAGUUAAACGUAUGUGAGUAAUUGUGGAAGUCUACGAAUUGAAUAUAAUUAUAAAUGUGCCGGAUAUUACGUUCAGAUCAGGGAUGU